UCUCUGAUCAAGUUAUUGUUUACAUUCGAGUGAGAAAACAGAGCGGAUUUCGAGAUGAGGCUUCACCUGACGGCGAUCCUGAUCAUCUGCAUCGAGCAGUUUUCGAAGGCGGUUGCCCAGGGAAUGCCGAUCAGUCCCUGUCCCAAGGUAUUCCAAUACCGAUUCGAUGGGAGCGAGUGGUUCGGAUUGAUGGCGAUUAGAAGUCCGGAGGGAAAUCAGCCGCUCCACAUUCGGGUAACCCUCUCGAUGCGGGGAAAACCCACUACGAACUAUCUGGGUGAAAUAGAGCUGCUGACCCGUGGAAAGUUCAACCACAAUGCACCGGUUCUGUACAAGAUUCGGUUCCCCAAACACCACUUCCCACCGAAAUUGCUGCUCAUGUCGGCCAAUAAUCAAGUUAUAUGCUUUGGAUCCGGAGAACACAGCAUCUUCAUGACCCAAAUCCAAUUGGAGCACAUUAGGAAACUUUCGUUUAUUCCCGAUAAGAAGAGCUCCUCGCUUUUGGAGCCCGAGGAGGUGGAGAAGACCAUUGAUGACUUUCCCGCCAAGCCGCCCAUCCAGUUCAAGAAAAAACCAUUUGCCCCGGCGCCCAAGGAGAUUUGCGGACACAUUGAUCGGGAACUCGAUUUUCGGUUAUCUGAAAAAUCGGAAAUCGGUGCUAAGAGUUCCAAUUCGGAUGGGAUCACUUCACCAGUUUUUGUGGAUGACGAGGAUGAAGAUGAUGGACUGGAGCACUUUGUGGAUGAAUCGGAAGCGGAGGAAGGGGAUUCAUUGGAUGACAGCAAGGGUCUGCCUUCGAUUACCAGGGGAUCGUGGCCCUGGUUGGCGGCCAUCUAUGUGAACAACCUGACCUCCCUGGACUUCCAGUGCGGAGGAACCCUCGUCUCGGGUCGAGUGGUCAUCAGCUCGGCGCACUGCUUCAAGCUCUUCAACAAGCGGUACUCCUCCAACGAGGUGCUCGUCUUUCUGGGCCGGCACAACCUCAAGAACUGGAACGAGGAGGGGUCCCUGGCUGCUCCGGUGGACGGGAUCUACACCCAUCCCGACUUCAACAGCCAGCUGAGCAGCUACGAUGCCGAUAUUGCUGUGAUUAUGCUCAAGGAUGAAGUUCGAUUCAAUACCUUUAUCCGACCAGCCUGCUUGUGGUCCGGUUCCAUUAAGACGGAGUACAUUGUGGGGGAGCAUGGCAUCGUGAUUGGAUGGAGCUUCGACCGAUCGAACAGGACCAAGGACCAGAAGCCUUCGGCGGUUAAUCCCGGCAAGAAGUCGGCCGAUUCCAGUGCACCCAAAGUGGUGAAGGCUCCGAUUGUCGGGAAUGCCGAGUGCUUUCGGGCCAACUCCCACUUUCGCAGCCUCUCCUCCAACCGGACUUUUUGCGCUGGAAUCCGGACGGAGGAUCGGGAGCACCAUCAUCCCCAGCCAAGUGCCAGUUUCUACACGGGAAUCUCGGGAGCUGGAUUAUUUAUCCGGCGGAACAACCGGUGGAUGCUGCGCGGCACAGUUUCUGCGGCUCUGCCCGCCGUGGAAGCAUCGGAUCCGGAUUCGGAUUUGGAUUCGAAAUCGAGUCAUAAGCUCUGCUGCAAGAAUCAGUAUAUCAUAUAUGCUGACGUGGCCAAGUUUCUCGAUUGGAUCACGGCCUUCGUAAUCUGAGUUACUCUCCAAAAAACACAAAAAAGGUGUGGAAAGGAUGACUUUUCCAAAUAAGCGCUGUGAUAGCCCCACAAGAGGAGCAAUGGAAGGAAAUCGUGUGACAGGGACACCUUCCCCAACUUAUCGGUCUUUUGCUGAUGAAAAUUUCAUUUUUACUUAAGGUACUGUGAAGCAGUGUAAAUUAUAGCAGCGGAAAACGAGUACGUUUUUAUUUUCCAAAUUGAAAUCUAACACUUCCAUGUAAACAACUAAAUCUCUACCAGCCCAUGGAAUUCUCCAAAGAAAAAUUCCAAUAAAAGAGAAGCGUGCGUAAAA